AUCGGUGUUCCAACUUCAAUGGCCCCCCAGGCCCCGACUAUCGAGGUUCCCACGGAUGCUGAGCUGCUGCAGGCACAGGCUGACCUGUGGCGACACAGCCUCUACUACCUCGCGUCCAUGGGGCUCCGCUGCGCCGUCCAGCUCGGCAUCCCAACUGCCAUCCACAACCUUGGCGGGGUCACCUCGCUGCCCGACCUGCUGACUGCGUUGUCCCUGCCCCCAAGUAAACAACCAUUCCUCGGCCGCCUAAUGCGUGUGCUGGUCACCUCAGGUGUAUUUGCAGCCGGCGGUAACGACUCCGAGGUGGAGCUCUUCCGCCUGAACCCACUGUCCCAGAUCCUAGUUGAUGGCGUCGUCGCCGACGAUCACCACAUCCAGACAUCCUUCGUUCUGGCCGUGACAUCGCCGCACUACACUGAGGCCGCGCUGGGGCUAGCCAACUGGUUCAAGAAAGAGGUCGUGGGGCCGGUGCCAUCGCCGUUCGAGGACGUGCACGGCGCGGCGCUCUUAGACGAGAGCACGGCGCUCCUAGACAAGGAUCUCGACGCUCUAGUCAAUGAAGCUUUGGCCGCCCACGACAACCUGGGGAUCGGCGCGAUCAUGCGAGAGUGCCAUGGCCUCUUCAACGGGCUUGAGUCUCUCACCGACUGUUGCGGCGGCGAUGGGACGACGGCGAGGGCCAUCACCAAGGCCCAUCCGCACGUCAAGUGCACCGUGCUGGACCUUCCCAAGGUGAUCGACAAAGUUCAGUCGGAUGGCGUCGUCAACUAUGUUGCUGGUGACUUGUUCCACACCGUCCCAAAGUCUCAGGCCGUGAUGCUCAAGCUUGUGCUGCAUCACUGGAGCGACGAGGAUUGCGUCAAGAUCUUGUCUCAGUGUAGGAGUGCCAUUCCUUCACGUGAGGAGGGAGGGAAGUUGAUCAUCAUAGACAUUGUGGUUGAACCUUCUCUCGGACCAAUAAUGUUUGAGGCCCAGCUUCUGAUGGACUUGGCCAUGCUUGUGUACACAAGAGGCCGUCAGCGUAACGAAAAUGACUGGCGUGAGCUCUUCGUGAAAGCGGGGUUCACUGACUAUAAAAUUGUCAAGAAAUUAGGAGUACGAGCUGUCUUCGAAGUCUACAAGUGA